AUGGACCACCACAACAGACCCCAGAAAUUAAAUCAAAGAGGAAGCAGGAAAAGAACAAAAUCCUCCAGCAGCCACAGCAGAAAGAGCACAAUCAGGGAAGGGAAAAAUCAAAAAUACGUUAAAUAUCCCCACAGCACACCCCCAACCCUCCAAAAACCAAAUAAGAGGCAGACACCCAUGUCAAACAAGAGGGCUGAUCAGGAAAAUUUAAAACUGGCGGAACUUCAACAACAGAAGAGAAAGAACUCACUGAAAAAUGAGAUUAGAGACCAAACAAGUCAAACCAACCAGAAGGAACAAGACCCAACAACUAAUCCCAAUUUAGACGCUGAUGAUAACAAGGAAAAAUCUGCUAAUAACAGUAGAAGCCCCCAAAGGAUUGGAAAUUACAUGAUACAAGGAGAAACAGAAAGCAAAAAAUUAAAUCAAACAUCCGCAAGCGAGACACACCAGCGAAAUAACCAAAUGAACAACAGGGGACCGCUUAUAGAUCCAGGACACGCCGACAAAAGAUAG